CUCCGCUCCCAGAAGGUGCACAGUAGCGGUUCUCUGACCAUUUCUGGGUGAGAGGAGGAGGGGCCGGAGCCCGGCGUCCCAGCGCGCACAAACAGGAAGUCCCCCCACCUUGAGGCUCCACCCCCUGAAGGACCCCGGUGUGGCCCCAGCAGAGAGCCCGAAGCCAGAGGGAAUGGCCCCCGGGACCCCGAGGCCCCCCUCCCAGGAGAAUCCUCUCCACCCAAGAUUAAAUUAUCGCCACAAAACAAAUACAAGAGUGAAAGAACCAAGGAAGAGACAGAAUGAAACAACUUUCAAGAAAAGAAAAACCCAAAAGGGGUCAAUAACACUCAAGGAUGUGGCUGUGGACUUCAGCCAGGAAGAGUGGGGCCUGUUGGAUCAUUCUCAGAAAGAGCUGUACCUUGAAGUCGUUAUAGAAAAUGUGCAGAAUCUACUUUCUGUGGGGCUUCUAGUUCCUAGAGAAAAUUUUAUCUCCUGUUUUCAGCAAGAGGAAGCACCCUGGCUGCUAGAGCAAGAAAGCCCAAAGAGCUCCUGUCCAGAGGCAGAGACUAAUUUUGAAGUGAAGGCGAUGUCUACAAAGCUGAGCCUUUUUGUGGAACGAUGUGGCCCCCAAAGAUUCAUGACUGAGGGUCUCCAUGACUUCAUUUUGAGAGAAAUCUGUGACUCUAAUAUGAAAGUAAAUAAAAAUCCAAAGAGUGACUGUGAAUUUGAUGAGACUGCAGAGAAAUCCAGCCAAUAUUUAGUAUUAAAUCGGUAUAUAAAACUGACCUCAGGAAAUGAGUGUUGUCAGGAUAGUAAAAACAGUAAAUGCUUUCCUGAAGAAGUAAGACUUACUAAGUCCCGUAAGAAACUUCCUGAAAUGCCCACAUAUCAAAGUAACCUAGGGAGAAUGGCAUUUGGCUGUCAUCUAGAUCUCAUUAGACAUCCAAAAAAUCAAUGUGCAAAGAUGGUUUCUGUGAGAAAUAAAGGUAGGAGACCUUCCAGUCAGAACUCUGAGCUUGAUGUACAUCACAUAAUCCAUUGUGGAGAUAAACCUUAUGAAUGUAAAUACUGUGGAAAGGCUUUCACACAGAGGAGCAGAUUUGCUGUACAUCAGAGAAUCCACACUGGAGAGAAACCUUAUGAAUGUAAACACUGUGGAAAGGCUUUUACACGGAGGGGCCAUCUUGCUGCUCAUCAGAGAAUCCACACUGGAGAGAAACCUUAUGAAUGUAAACACUGUAGAAAGAUUUUCACAAAUAGGGACCAUCUUGCUGCUCAUCAGAGAAUCCACACUGGAGAGAAACCUUAUGAAUGUAAGCACUGUGGAAAGACUUUCACACAGAGGAGCAAUCUUGCCACACAUCAGAGAAUCCACACUGGAGAGAAACCUUAUGAAUGUAAAUUGUGUAAAAAGGCUUUCACAGAUAGGGGCUGUCUUACUGUACAUCAGAGAAUCCAUACUGGAGAGAAACCUUAUGAAUGUAAACAGUGUGGAAAGGCUUUUACCAAUAGGAGCAAUCUUGUUGCACAUCAGAGAAUCCACACUGGAGAGAAGCCCUAUGAGUGUAAACACUGUGGAAAGACUUUCACUCAGAGAGGCUAUCUUACUGUACACCAGAGAAUUCACACCGGAGAAAAACCUUAUGAAUGUAAACAAUGUGGAAAGGCUUUCACCAGAAAGAAUAUUCUUGCUAUACAUCAGGCAAUGCACACUGGAGAUAAACCUUAUGAAUGUAAACAGUGUGGAAAGGUUUUAACAGGGAGGGGCAGUCUUGUCGAACAUCAGAGAAUCCACACUGGAGAGAAGCCUUAUGAAUGUAAACUGUGUGAAAAGGCUUUCACUUAUAGGAGCAAUCUUGCUGUACAUCAGAGAAUCCACAGUGGAGAGAAACCUUAUGAAUGUAAACAUUGUGGAAAGGCUUUCACAGAGAGGCGCUCUCUUACUAAACAUCAGAGAAUCCAUACUGGAGAGAAACCUUUUUUGUGUGCUCCUUGUGGAAAGGCUCUCACAAAUAGGCCCAGCCUUGCUGUACAUCAGGAAGUCCACACUGGAGAGAAGCCUUAUAAAUGUAAACAAUGUGGAAAGGCUUUCACAAGGAAGAGCACUGUAGCUGCACAUCAAAGAAUCCACACGGGAGAGAAACCUUAUACAUGUAAACAAUGUGGAAAGGCUUUUAUAUGGAGGUACUCUCUUGCCAGACAUCAGAGAAUCCACACUGGAGAGAAACCUUAUGAAUGUAAAUACUGUGGAAAGGCUUUCUCAGAUAGGCGUGGUCUUGUCACACAUCAGAGAAUCCACACUGGAGAGAAGCCGUAUGAAUGUGAACAGUGUGGAAAGGCUUUUGUAGACAGGGGCCAUCUUUCUGUACAUCAAAGAAUCCAUACUGGAGCAAAACCCUAUAAAUGUAAACAAUGUGGAAAGGCUUUCACAAAUAGGCCUGGUCUUGCUAUACAUCAAGGAAUCCACACUGGAGAGAAGCCUUAUGAAUGUAAACACUGUGGAAAGGCUUUCACAAGGAAGGGCUCUCUAGCUGCUCAUGAGACAAUCCACACUGGAGAAAAACCUUAUGAAUGUAAACAGUGUGGAAAGGCUUUUAUACGGAGAGACUUUCUUGUCAUACAUCAGAGAAUCCAUACUGGAGAGAAACCUUAUGAAUGUAAACAGUGUGGAAAGGCUUUCACAGAUAAGCGCAAUCUUGUUGCACAUCAGAGAAUCCACACUGGAGAGAAACCU